UAAGAGUAAAUGCUAUUAUUUAUAGCUGUUCUAAGAAUGAUUUUUAUUUGUGGAAAGUGGACCGCAAAAUAGAAAUACACACUCAAAUCAAAUAUAUAAAUGUCCUUAAUCUCAGUAAACUUUCUCUGUGCGUCGAUCAGUUCUCCAGUUUAUCUCUAGAAGAUCAACAGGAUGCAGAGCCAGCGUAUCCCAUGAGAGAGCUGACUCCCAGAUCGAGACACACAUUUCCUAGCCAAGAGAUCCGCAUGAUGGACAGGGACCCAGAUGGCAGAAUCUGUCCUCACACCUCUGGCACAUCCGCUUUCAUGCGUCGAGUGGGAAGGAACCUGCAGGACUCAGAACCAGACCUGCUGCACCGCUGUCACUUCACUUCCACCAGCUCUCUAGAAUCUUCACUCAGUCCUUCACCAUCUCAGAACCCCUGGACUAGACUAGAUCCUUAUGAUUCUCCUGAGGAUCAGGAUAAGGAAUAUGUAGGAUUUGCAACACUUCCCAACCAAGUACACAGGAAAUCUGUGAAAAAAGGCUUCGCUUUUACGCUGAUGGUAGCCGGGGAGUCUGGUUUAGGAAAGUCUACGUUGAUCAGCAGCCUUUUCCUAACAGAUCUCUACAAGGACAGGAUACUACUGAAUGCUGAAGAAAGGAUCACAAAAACAGUCGAAAUCACCAAACAUGCCAUUAGCAUCGAGGAGAAAGGCGUGAAACUCAAACUCACCAUUGUGGACACACCAGGCUUUGGAGAUGCUGUCAACAACGCUGAGAGCUGGAAACCAGUAGUGGAUUUUGUCGACCAUCAGUUUGAGCAAUAUUUCAGGGAUGAGAGUGGGCUGAACCGCAAGAACAUUCAGGACAACCGAGUGCAUUGCUGCCUCUAUUUCAUCUCACCAUAUGGCCAUGGCCUGAGGCUGAUUGACGUGGAGUUUAUGAGGGCACUACAUGAGAAGGUCAACAUAGUGCCUGUGCUGGGUAAAGCAGACUGCCUCACACCAUUGGAAGUGUCACAGAAGAAAAAAAAGAUACGAGAGGAGAUUGAGAGGUUUGGGAUCAACAUCUACCAGUUCCCUGAAUGUGACUCAGAUGAGGAUGAUGAAGUUAAAAUCCAAACUCAAGACCUAAAAGAUAGCAUUCCCUUUGCUGUGGUUGGCAGUAACAUUCUUGUCGAAAUCAAAGGCAGGAGAGUCCGAGGCCGCGCUUAUCCUUGGGGCGUGGUCGAAGUGGAAAACCACGCCCACUCUGACUUCCUGAUGCUUCGGAACAUGCUGGUUCGUACCCACAUGCAAGACCUGAAGGACGUGACGCAGGAAACCCAUUAUGAGAACUAUCGCUCUGAGUGCAUCCGGAACAUGACCCGCAUGAUGGUCAGAGAGAGAAAACGCAGCAGUCUGUGUAACUAUCUCAGAGAGAGAAAUACAGACUCACCUCUGGUGCCUGUGGACGAUGAAACAGAGCGGCUCAUUUGGGAGAAAGAUGAGGAGCUACAAAGAAUGCAAGAGAUGCUCCAAAGGAUCCAAGAGCAGAAGCAGCACGGAAACUGAAACGGAAUUGGACAAUUCUGUUAUAUGAUCAUUAUUAAUUUAAUAAAAUAAAAACAAGAACCUGGGCAACAAACAAAAAAGAAUACAGGACAACUAACUUUGUAAAUGUAAGAUUUAUUAUGAAUAGUCAAUGAUUUUUUGUUUAAUUACUCUAGCAUAUUUCAACAUUAUUAUCGUUUUAUUUCAUGGUGGACAAUUAGAUUUUU